AUGGAUUCACUGUCUCGAAGAGAAAUGUUUGAUUUCCACGGAAUCUCAAUGAUCCACUAUUUCACAGACAACUGGGAGAACAUUCAAAACUUUCAGGCCAGGCCAGAUGACAUACUUAUUGCAACAUAUCCCAAAGCGGGAACCACAUGGGUCUCCUACAUCCUUGACCUGCUGCAUUUUGGUCAAACAUCCCCAGAGCGUCAGACAUCCAUCCCAAUCUAUCAAAGAGUCCCUUUCUUGGAGCUAACCAUCCCAUUUUUGGAUUCAGGUGGACAGACUCUUCAUAUAGGAGUUGACCUGGCGAACAACCUUCCCACCUCUCCACGACUCAUUAAAACUCAUUAUCCAGUCCAGUUUGUGCCAAAGUCCUUUUGGGAGCAAAACUGCAGGAUCGUCUACGUGGCCCGCAAUGCCAAAGACAACGUGGUCUCUUAUUUUCACUUUGAUCACAUGAACAUGUUGGAGCCAGAUCCUGGAGACUGGAGCAGCUACCUCCACAGAUUCAAAGAGGGAAAGAUGGUGUUUGGACCCUGGUAUGACCAUGUGAACGGCUGGUGGAAGAAGAAACAGACACACUCAAACCUCCAUUACAUGUUCUAUGAAGACAUGGUUGAGGAUACUGGACGGGAAAUAGACAAACUCUGCCGCUUUCUUGGUUUGUCUCCUUCCGCUGAAGAGAAAAAACAAAUCAUAGGUGGAGUGCAGUUUGAUAACAUGAGAAAGAACGACAUGGUCAACCAUUCUACAGCCCCAGUUAUGGAUCUCAAAAUUUGUCCUUUCCUGAGAAAAGGGAAGGUUGGUGACUGGAAGAACCAUUUCACUGUGGCCCAGAGUGAAGAGUUUGAUGAAGACUACAAGAAGAAGAUGAAGGAUCCUACACUUCAGUUCCGCACUGAAAUCUGAACAGGACAGGACAGACUGUGUGUGGAGACUGUUCCAUGACUC